AUGUCAGGCAGCAGGAGCGUUACUGCUCAGUCACUGGAAUUGAGGGUUUUGAAUAGAAAUCAUGCGUGUGAGAUCUCAUCAGAUACAACUAGUUCUGGGAAAAGGAAUCACGAGAGGAAGAUGCACGUCAACAGCAAGCUAGUUAAGCAACUGGACCAGAGAUUGGGAAUUCUUGAAGAUGAAGGUGAAAUCCUCGAGGGAGAAUUCAUGAGAAGCAUGCAAGAAAGGGCAGAGUUAAUCGCUGAGGUUCGCAAUCACUUUGAGGAUAUGCAUUAUUAUUUUCGUCUCAAAAGCCAAGAAUGCGGAGACAUUUCCUCCCAAGGAGCUUUGACCAUUGAACCUCUCAAGAAGGAGAGGAGCAUCACUUUUGACCAGAACCCUGAGUGCCCCUCGUCAGCUCAGCCAGUGAAUCCUCGGGGGUAUUUCUCGUAGGGCGCGAUUUGAGUCUAACUUCAUAUAUCGUCCGGAUGCUUUUGGGAGACGGGAUACUCUAGGUCCAGAAAAAUUAGUCUGAUAAAAUUGGGAUACUCCCUAAUUGAUUUAAAAAAAAAAAAAAAAAAAACCAGAACCUGAGUGCUCAAGCAGGACCCAGCUAAAUAUAUGACCAGUUCCCAAGCAUAUAAAAUAGUAUACUAGUAUUUGAGGAAUAUUGAAAUUCUUCCAAGGCCAUGGAAUUUUGCCAAGCUUACUCAAUGUUUUGCAUUUUUGGCAUCACUUGAGACUUGGAUGUCUAAAAAUUUCUGUUCCAGAUCUCUUCUAUCAGUUGUACCUUUAACGAGCUUAUGAAUUAAAUAACGAUCUGUUCAAGAA